AAACACCAGAAGCCUUCCUCCCCUUCUCCACCUCUCCACUCUCAAACUGUGUACUCAGGAAAGAAAAAGAGGGGAAAGAUGGGAUUGCAGGGCCAGCUGAACGACGUGUCCUCCGACUCCAUCCCUCUCCUCUUCGUUGCCCUCAUCGCCAACUGUGUCUGCUGCCUUCGCAACUUCCUCUCCGGCCUGUUCAAAUCCACAGGCCUCCUUCCCAGCCCAGACUCCACCGUCGACGAAGUGGGCCUACUGGGCUCCGGCCUCGCCAGCCUAAUCGUCCUCACCGAGCAGCUCAACCUCAAUAGGGUUUUCUCCUACAGCUACUGUUGCGAUGCCAAUAACGGUGGCGGGAGCUCCGAUUGUGUCGUGUGCUUGUGCACGCUAAGGGAUGGGGAUCGGGUGAGGCAGCUGGAUUGCCGUCACGUGUUCCACAAGGACUGCUUUGAUGGCUGGCUCGAUCACCUCAAAUUCAAUUGCCCACUCUGCAGGUCGCCGUUGAUAGCCGAAGAGCGCGUGCAAUCUGCGCGGAGGCGCGUCGGUGGGGAUUUAGCUGCUUGGUUCUCUUUACGGUGAUGGAUGAUGCGAUGAUGGAUGUCGAGGAUGUUGAGGAUGAUGGUGAUGAUGAUUCAUCCAUAAUUAUGGUGCUGGUGGAUUUUUUUAUUUUUUUAUUUUUAGGAUUUUUUUACCCUUUUUCAUCUCGGUAUUUUUGAAGGGGCUCUUCACUGGGUUCCCUUUUUGUCCCUGCUGUAAGGAGUUUUCAGUUCACCCCUUUUUUAUUAUCCUUUUUUUUUUUUUUCCUAUUUUGGUAUCUUUUUAUUUUAAAGUUUCUUGACUCUAUUUGUGAAUGGAGGCAU